ACCCAACCCGCCAACACGAAGAAGAAGGAGGAGGAGGAAGUGGAGGAGGAGGUGGAGGAAGGGGAUCCAUCAACACAGACUUUUCCGUGAACCGUGAUCAAGUAUGGAGAGCCCUGCGUUGUCUUUUACUUUGGCCUACAUCGUCUCUCUCUGCUUCGUGUUUACCCCGAACGAGUUCCGCUCGGCCGGUCUGACUAUCCAGAAUCUGUUUUCGUCCUGGCUGGGCAGCGAGGAUGUGGGCUUCGUCCAGUACCACGUAAAGAGGAGCAGCGUUACCGUCCUGGUUCACUCCGCACUUCCACUAGGUUACUACAUGGGAAUGUGUAUCGCUGCUCCAGAAAAAAACCUGGGCUACAUUCACCAGGUGGGUGAAAGCUGGAGAACAUUUCUCUUCCUCUCUGUCUGCCUGCAGUUGGCCAGCUGGACGCUCGUCAUUUACUGGUCCCGCUGCCAGUGGCACAAUCAUCCAAUCAGCCAGGCUCUGCAGGCUCACGCCCGCUCUACACACUCCAGCUGGGGCUCUGUGGCGACCAGUAUCAACACUGAAUUCAGACGCAUAGAUAAGUUUGCUACAGGGGCGCCAGGAGCCAGAGUUAUUGUGACUGACAGCUGGGUGCUGAAGGUGACCACCUAUCACAUCUAUAUGGCUUUGCAGAGUGAAUGCCAUGUGACAGUGACAGACUCCAGACAGCAUCAGCUCAGUCCAGACUCUGCCUCUCCCACAGAGAUCUUGACCCUGAGAGUGGACAGCAUCAACCCUGCUGUCAGACCAUUCAAUAUCCAGCUUAACUCUACAGAGUAUGCUGAGCUCAGGGAGAAGCUCCGAGCCCCCAUCAGAAACUCUCCCAAUGUUGUAAUCCACCAAACAAUUAGUGAGCUCUUCCUGGAAACAUUCAAAGCUCAGGUGGACCUCAAUCAGCCGUACACACUCCCCACUGGACAGGAAGUGGAGCCGUGCAUUGGCUGUAUGCAGAUUCCAGCAAACACCAAGCUGGUCAGACUGUGCCCUACAGCAGAGACUGAUAAUGAGUCAGAGUGCCAGCAGUGUUUCUGCAGACCCAUGUGGUGUUUGUCAUGUCUGGGUCGAUGGUUUGCCAGCCGCCAGGACCAGCAAAGACCUGAGACGUGGUUGUCCAGCCGAGUCCCCUGCCCUACCUGUAGAGCCAAAUUCUGCAUACUGGACAUCUCUUUGGUCCAGUGACCAGACACCACCAAAACUGGUAUUUUCCUAAUGUGGAGGUGUGUUUUUAUGCAUCGUUCAGCAGCAGGAAUCCACAGGACACGAGGCUGAAUCUAGUUAUCGACAUGCUUUUCUGUUCUUUAAGUAAGGGUAAAAAUAUUGGUUUUAAUUUAAAUCGAGUUCAAACCAAAUGUCACUGAAGUUUUGGGAGAUUUUUUUGCUUGGUGCACUCCAGGGUUCAAAAACAAAGAGUCAGAUGUGCAGUUCCAUGGAUGGUCAUCUGAGACUGGUUUCAAAAGCGAGCGAGUCCCCGUAGACGCCAUGUUCCAAUGACCUUACAGCAGAAAUAAAUAUGUUUGCAGCCUGGGGGGGGGCAUUUGAUGAACUCCUUAAUUUAAAUGUGUUAAGGAUUGAAGUUCUGCAUAAUUAAGGUGUUCUCAGCAGUAGAAUACACUGCUGCUAAUUAUUCUAUUGGAGAGACUAUUAAUCAUUCAUUUCACUUUGAUUUGGCCCCUGCAUUAGGGGACAGUUUCAGACCUGAAUACACUUCAACACAGUAUCAUGUUUAUAAUUUAACAGCUCUGUCACUUAGAAAUAAUCCCCUGCAUUCAUCAGUAAAAUAAAUACUGUACGCUCUGUUUAACAGUU